AUGAACGGCAUCAAGGCAGACCCCGAUGUCAAGAUGGACCCAGAUGCAUCUACUCCAGGCGGCGGUUUUAUGGACGAUGAGUUUUACGAGGAUACUGGCGAGAUGAUCAUGAGCAAGGAUAGUUCAGAGAAGGAUAUCUGGCUCACGCGCAUCCCGCCGUGGCUGUAUGAAGCAGUUUCAAAAUGGGAUGAUCUCGCCGAUGGAAACGACAAUGACCAGAUACAAAUCGGAGAGGUUUACGGGUUUGCGACAACCAGCGGUAUCGAUAAAACGAAGCCUAUGCGUGUCUUCCUCAACGACCGCUGGCGCGCAAAGUCGAAUCUGCCCUCUGCCUUCCAGCUUGAUCCCGCGCCAGCCACCGACACAAUACUCGGAAACACAUAUGUUUUUACAGAGAAGGAUUUACCAGGAUUUCGGGGUCAUAGCUACGGAAGAGGAGGCAACCAGGGGAGCUUCGGUGGCGUGCAAGAUCCCAAGGCGCGCAUCCAAAAGCGAAGCAAGUACAAAAAGGCCAUUCCUAAGCAGACCGCUCUUAUUGGCCACGCGACGCGACAGUACAAUGCCAAUCCUUUGGAAACAAAGGAAUACAAAGACUUUAGCGCCGCACGUAUCAAGCAAGCCAUUCAAGGCUCGCACAUGACCACCAUAAUUACCAAGGACACCGAAGUCUCAGAUGUCAACAAUUCCAUUAUGCUCAACAACCGAUUCAAGAACUUCAUCAGGCCUAUGACCAAAGGAAAAUCGCAACAGAACAAGGCUGCUCGUAUGGCCAGGUCGGAUCUCAUCGAUUUCUUGCAUACUCUAUUCGACGAGUAUCAGUACUGGCCUAUGAAGGCUAUCAAGCAGCGCACCAAGCAGCCUGAGCAAUACCUCAAAGAGGUGCUUGGCGACAUUGCACUCCUUGUCAAGUCUGGACCCUUUGCAAGUAACUGGAAGCGCCAAGCCGUUUUUGAAAAUCAACGUGAUACCAGUAAACAAGCCGAGGCAGCAGCUCCAGAGGGUCCGGGUGAUGGAGAUUCAGAGGGUGAAGAUGAGAUGGAGGAUGUGGUCUAG